CUACUUCUUGUGAAACCAUACCAUACCAUACCACACCUUUCGUGCCUACUUGACCUCCCGUCCAUCCUCACCGCAUCUCCAACAACACCUCGAAACCUCAAUCUACCUACCCACGACGAACCUAAGCUCCCACCUCUUCCACCAACAACCUCAACAACAAUGGCCGCCCCCCGCACAGUCCAAUUCAUCGCCCUCCGCAACCUCCGCCAAACCACAACCCGCCAGGCCGGCCACCACCAAACCCGCUCUCUCCACAUGACCGGCCCAGCAACCUACGCCUCCCCCUUCCUCUCCACCUCGCAAACCAACCCCAACGUCUCAUCCACCCACUCCGCGUCCUCCAAAACCACCCUCCGCACAACCAAACCCUCAACCCAAGAGACGAAUCGGUCCCGAAAUUUCAAUACCUCCCGCUCCCGCAAACAAGUCAACGACUCCUCCCCCAUCGACUUUACUUUUUUCCCUUUCAUCUUCUCCUCCCCUUCCUCCUCCUCCGAGGAAAUGAACCUCACGACAGCGGUGCAAGUCCCCGUCCUCCCCUCAACCUCCUCUCGCACCGCCAUUUCGCGACUCGAGCAGACGGGGCAAGGAGGAGGAGGGGAGGUUGUGGAUGUGGUGAAAAUGGGGGCGGAAGUUUAUGCCGUUGCUCCCGACUCGAUUAUCCUCCCGCUUUCGGAUCAUGCUUCGCCUUCGGACGAGUAUAUGCACAUUGACUUUCGCGGGUUGGCGGAUAAAGUCGUGGAUGGGUUGGAUGGGUUGGUGAAGGAUGUUGUUGGUGGGGGAGGAAAGACUGUGGCGGAGGCGAAAGUUUAGGUUGGUGAGAUGGAUGGGAUGGGAGAGAUGGGGAGUACGACCUGCAUUAAUAUAGGAUUUGGGUCGAUAUCAGGCAGGUAUCUU